AUGACGAAAGAUCGGUUAGCGGCCCUGAAGGCGGCUCAGAGUGAUGAUGAUGACAAUGAUGAUGUGGCUGUCACCGUUGACAGCAGUGGAUUUAUGGAGGAGUUUUUUGAACAGGUUGAUGAAAUUCGGGAGAUGAUUGACAAAAUAGCCUUGAAUGUAGAUGAAGUCAAAAAGAAGCACAGUGCAAUAUUGUCAGCACCCCAGACUGAUGACAAGAUGAAAGAAGACUUGGAGGAGUUGAUGUCAGAGAUUAAGAAGAAUGCCAAUAAAGUUAGAGCUAAGUUGAAGGUUAUUGAACAGAACAUAGAACAAGAAGAGCAUACAAACAAGUCUUCAGCAGAUCUCAGAAUACGUAAAACACAGCAUGCCACAUUGUCUAGAAAGUUUGUGGAAGUCAUGAAUGACUACAACGCCUGUCAGAUUGAUUACAGGGAGCGCUGUAAGGGACGGAUCAAACGACAGCUUGCAAUUACUGGUAAAACAACAACCAACGAGGAACUAGAAGACAUGAUUGAGUCGGGAAAUCCUGCCAUAUUUACUCAAGGG